AAACAAACGCAAAGCCAAACAGUACUUAAGUCUUAACCCGAGACUUUGAUUAUCUCGCGUUCGUCUUAUACAGAAACAGAUACCCAGAAAAAAAGCACUCUUUUAGACUUUAACAAUCUCUACGAUCAAUCAUAAACAGAAAAAUCCUUCUUUCAAUCAUAUAUUUGGCAGAGGCUUAUCCUUGCCUUCAAUUCAUCAAUGUCACUCUUAAACCAGCUCUUCAGCAGAGGUGUUUUUGGCACAAAAUGCAAAACAAGCUUGAACUUGGCUAUUUCGCGCAUCAAACUGCUGCAAAACAAGCGAGACAUGCAGCUCAAACAUAUGCGCAAGGAGAUAGCCCAAUUUUUGCAGGCUGGACAGGAAGCCAUAGCUCGAAUUCGGGUGGAGCAUGUUAUAAGGGAACAGAACAUGUGGGCUGCAUAUGAGAUAUUAGAGCUUUUCUGUGAAUUUGUCCUUGCACGUGUUCCUAUUAUUGAAAGCCAGAGGGAAUGUCCAUCAGAAUUGCGAGAAGCUAUUGCAAGCAUAAUAUUUGCAGCUCCCAGAUGCUCAGAUUUGCCAGAUUUGUUGCAGAUAAAGAAUUUGUUUACUGCAAAAUAUGGCAAGGAAUUUGUCAUGGCUGCAUCAGAACUUCGUCCUGAUUCUGGUGUCAACCGUACAAUAAUAGAAAAGCUUUCAGUUCUUGCUCCAGCUGCACAGAUAAAGCUCAAGGUAUUGAAAGACAUUGCACAAGAGUACAAUCUGGCAUGGGAUUCUUCAAGCACAGAAGCAGAAUUCAGUAAAACACAUGAAGAUUUGCUGGCUGGAUCAAAGCAAAUACCUGUUGGAGCAGCACUUUCUCAAGCUCCCAACAAACAAGGUUCUUUUAUGUCUUCUCCUUCCAAUGGGACACAUUCUAUCAAGCAUAUGGAAAGUAAACAAGAAUCUCAGCACCUUCAUGCUCCUAGCGCUUCAAGCAAUGCUACUUUCUUGGGUACUAAUGAAAUUGAACCAUCAAUAAAAAAUUAUGAUGUGGGACCAAUUAGUGAUGCCAAAAGGGAGUCAAGACCACAAUCAACUGAUAUCUUGGAGAAAGCUCGAGCUGCCAUUGCAUCUGCUGAGCAUGCAUCUGCGGCUGCCCGUGCAGCUGCCGCGCUGGUGAAUGUUGAAUUUAGAUCAUUGAAGGUAGAAGAGGGAAAGUCUUCAUAGUGCUGAACCUGUUUGGCUUCGUGUGCAUUCUUGUGAUUUCACAGAAGCAGUCUUUCUAAAAUCCAUGGAAGCAAAGAGGCUGGGUAAGAGAGAGAGAGAGAGAGUGAUUUCACUAAAGGUAAUGCACUUCCCAAUCUUUUGUUGAGGACAACACACUGUAUUAAUGUAUAUGUUACCUUGUAUAAUUGUGAUGGCUAAAAAUUGAAACUCAGCUGUGACUUAACUGAAUAAGAAAUUCAGCUCUGAUAUUUACUGUAUAUGUUACCUUGUAUAAUUGUGAUGGCUAAAAAUUGAAACUCAGCUGUGACUUAACUAAAUAAGAAAUUCAGCUCUGAUAUUUUUACAGUAAAUAAUAUUGAUAGAAUUUUAUUUAUUUUUCAUAUUGAAUUGGGAAAGCACAUGCAAUAGCUUCCCAAGUUCUGUAUAUGUGCUGUUAAGGCCAAUUCUGCCUGUCAUAUGGUGUCUGUAUGUGGAGUCACCAUAAAAGAAUGAUAUAGAAGUUACAGAAUUUCAUUGGUUUGCUUUGGGAUAA